AUAAAUCUGCAUUCUGCCUCUGCCUCUGGUCAGAGACAGUUGAAGCUUCACAGCACAAUUAAGGAGAAGCAGCAGCAGAUGAAAACAGACGAUCGUAAAUAAAAUUGAGGAGACAAAAAAAGAGAGAAAGAGAGCGACGGAUGCAGGCUGAAAUUUAAAACUGCACCAGGAGAAAAGACAAGAAAAGAUUCCGUGGACUCAACAAAGAUCAUCCGUAAAGCUAUGCGGCCACGGUCCAGACUGCUGUCCAAGAGGAGACUGACGCUGCCCACAAUCAGAGAGGGCAGCGAGGAGACGGUUAGAGAUUUGAAUGAAGCCAACACGCUCUAUAAUGCCGGUCACUGCCAGGCUGUGUCAUCGGAGGACUACCUCCUCUCCAUCUGCCACCUGGCCCACCCCACUUUUCCCAGCCGGGAUGUUUCCCCGGACAGUUUCCACGCACAGCAGCAGGACAAAGCGCAGCAGAAGCUUAGGCCAUCGUGGGUUGAAUACAACCCGAAAGAGAAGGCACGUGCUGCUGAUGCGCAGCAGGCAGAGGGGAAAGAACUAAACAGAGAGCUGAAGUUUGGCAACUCUGACCCUCUUGAGUAUAUUUAUGGACACCAGAACAGCUUCUCUGCCAUCUCAGGAGGUAGGAGGAGAGCAUUUGUCGAGGGGAGGUUUAUGAGGCAACACGGCAGCGUAUGGGAGAGCAAAGUGUGCGUGCGAGCCCACAGCAUUACCCUUGGUUCAAAUCCAGAUUUCCCACAACAACGUGAGGGCAGUUGCUCUGAAUUAAACAGCAAAACUGACACUUCAAUUCCAAACAUCUCCCCAAAACACACCUUGGUCAGGUCAGAGGCCAGCACAGCUUGCAGAAAGGCAGAAGGGGAGAGGUUGAAUCCAGCCAUCAAACAGUCCCUCAUCUCUCAGUGGAUCUCUGACUGCAGGCUGGCAUGGAGGGAGGCACGCACUCGAGCCUGCAUGCUUCCUGCCAUUGCUGAGGUGUAGCGUGUAAAUGGACAGUCAAUGUGACAUUCUCCAGUAAAAUAUCCUAAUCUUUUGUCAGUGCAUGAGACAUUGACAAUAGGAGACACAUAGAAAUACACAUUUGAAAAGAUACAGAGACAAGUAAAGACUACUACAAUUGUCCAUUCUAACAUUAUAUCAGUGUUAAUAUUUACUGUUACAACCUUUCUGCUCUUAAUGUAUGCCAGUGAUCAUAACAAACCAUGAAAAUGAGCAAUUCUGUAAUGUCCUUUUUAAUAUCUUCCAGUGUUUGUAAAUGACAUGAAGAAAUAAAGCAGUCUUUUGAUA